CCACACUGCAAAUACUCAGGUUCAAAAUCCCUUUGAAUUCGACCACCAACCAUGGCAGAAUAUCUCACCAUGCCCAUCCUCAAUGAACUUAUCCGACGAGUCGAGGAGGACCCAAGAAACGAGGACGCUGUGAAAGCAAUGACACCUGGUGUUCUCUCUUAUUAUUUCCCUAUCAAUGAAGGGUUCAUAGUCGCACCCAUAUCAACAGGCAGCAAGUGCUCUACAGGCUUUGAAUACUUAAUUCGCCGCAUUCAGCCACAUUCUUCCGAGGGUCGCAAGAUCGUCGAUCACGUCGUGGUUAGAUCGGAAGUGGAUGAUUCACUUCAGGGUUGUAUCAAUCGACUUCGACAUUCCAUUCAGCACCGAAUUCCAGGGGUGGAAAGUUGUUGGGCAGUAUUGGUUCAGGGUCAGUCGGUCUACUUUUACGAGUAUCAUGGACUGCUGUCUGAACAUGAGCGUCUUGUGCCAUGGGCACUAUCCGGUCGAUCUCAGGAGCAGCAUGCUUCUCAUGUACGCAGAGAUAGUGUCCAGAUUGACCGGAUGUUGAGGCACAUGGCACUACAUGAUAUGCCUGCGCGGGAGACGGUGGAGCGUGGAUGA